AUACAGGCAAUUGAGACGUGGAAUAAAACAGACUGCUGUGCGAAAAUGUCGAAAUCUGUUACAGCGUUGAACGACGAAGACGCUAGAAUUUAUAAGAUGGUAGUUAUAGGGGACGGCGCGGUUGGUAAAUCUGCUUUAACUAUCCAAUUCUUCCAAAGAAUGUUCGUAGAAGAGUAUGAUCCUACAAUAGAAGAUAUGUAUGUUAAACACGCAGUUGUUGACGGAGAAAAUUGUGUCCUUGAUGUUCUAGACACGGCCGGCCAGGAAGAGUACUCAGCUAUGAGAGAGCAAUAUAUGAGUCAGGGGGACGGCUAUUUAUUGGUCUACUCAGUUACCGAUGAGAGGAGUUUCCGAGCCAUCAAGAGGUUUCAUAGUCAGGCUCUUCGCGUUAAGGACACCGACUCAUUUCCGAUGAUUCUAGUCGCUAAUAAGAUCGAUUUAAAUAGCUUUAGAAAAGUCUCCAUCGAAGACGGCGUAGAGCUGGCCAAUAAAUUUUCGAUACCCUAUAUAGAGACUAGUGCGAAAAAUCCACCUAUAAACGUUGAAGAAGCCUUCUAUUCUCUAUUUGAAGUAAGAAACGAAAACGAGAAGACUUAUUCAACAAUGGCAAGUCCUAGUUCAAGAAGAGCAGAUAAAUCAGGCAUAGCAGCCGAUAUUCAAAGAAAGCUUACCGAAAAAUACGAUGUUGCUGCUGCUCAAAAAGUAUUAGAUUGGAUGCAAGAACUUAUUGGGAAUAAUAAUUCUUUUCCGGAGGCUGCAGAUUCUUCAUGCAUUGGAAAGGCGUUCAAUGAUGGCACUAUUCUUGUUACUUUGGCUAAUGCAAUUCAAGAGAAUGCCAUACCUGCUAAAUAUGCUAAACCUUCUACCAUGGCUUUCAAGAAGAUGGAAGCUAUCAAUAUGUUUAUACAAUUUUGCAGAAAUUAUGGUGUCCCCGAUCACGAGCUAUUCGAAACUGUUGAUUUGUACGAAGAACAAAAUAUGGUUCAAGUUAUGACAUGCCUUGAAAGUUUAGCAAGAAAAGCCAAAAGUAAAGGUGGACCAGGUUUUGGACCAAAAGAGGCUACAAAAAAUCAAAGAAACUUUAGUCAAGAAGUUUUGGAUCAAAGUAAAAGUGCUUUACCGCUGAAUUCUAGUGGAACUAACAAAGGCGCAAGCCAAUCGGGAAUGUCAUUCGGAAAUCGUAGACAUGUAACAAACGAUGGAAAAUUCUAA